AUGCUUCGAUCUACUAUCGUCUCACUGACCUUCGGUCUUCUCACAGCCGUCCAAGCAUCCAACCCCGUCUUCGGCGCGUAUCAAACCGACUCAUGCGACGCCUGUCUUGACCAAACGUACGAAAGUUGUCCAGGCAACUACAAGACCCGAUCCUACGCAACAUGCAUGUGCGCAGGCGAUGGCAGCGCAAACUUUGUUUCCUGUCUGUCCUCAUGCGACCCUAAUAAGAACGAGCCAGCGAUUGCUAGCUCAACAUACUAUGGAUAUUGUGUCAUCUUCUUCAAAGAGCUUUGCGAAGGUGCACAGGAGUACUUGUCCGAGGAUAUUUAUAAUAAGCAGUGUUCAAAGGAAGCGAUUGAAGCGGGUGGGAUUGGCGCCAAUGAUGAUGAUGAUGACUCUGAAGAGAGUGAGCCAAGCAAAACGCAAGAUUCGUCUUCCAAGGAGACGGAUGAGUCGGGUGAGAGUGACGAAGCCAAUGAGAGUGGAUCAACCAAGACAAGUGGCAGUGCUCAGUCAACGUCGACUUCGGGGGCUUUGGCGACCAUGGUGCCAGCUUGGGCCAUUGUGGCCGGCAUGGGACUGCAAAUGAACAUCCUCGCUUUCUCUGAUCCCUAA